GCGGGCGGGCGGGCGGCGGUGUCGGCCGGGCCCCCUCUCCCGCUGCAAGCCCCACCUUUCGGCUUUCCCGCACCGUCAAUCAAAAUAGGAAAAAAAAAACCGGAGUAGGCUCGGGCCGCCGCCGCCGCUUCAGCCCGUGAGCACAAUAAGCAUGUCCCCGGCGGCAGCCGCCUAGCCCCAGCCAGCAGGGCCUGUGUGCGAGCUAGCCAGCCUGCCUGCCUGCCUCCCGCCCAGCCAGCCAGCCGGCCGCUCGCACUCACACCAUGACCGCUCCCGAGAAGCCCGUGAAACAAGAGGAAAUGGCUGCCUUAGACGUGGACAGCAGCAGCCACAGCGAAUAUCUCCAGCACGGCAACGGCGCCGCCUCGGCCUCCGCUGGGGCGGCCGCCUCGCAGGACGCGCAGCCGUCACCGCUCGCUCUGCUGGCGGCCACCUGCAGCAAGAUCGGCCCGCCGUCGCCGGAGGAGGAUGAGGCCGCCGCCGCCGCUGCCUCUCACUCUGCCGGAACGACAGGGGAUUUGGCUUCUGUGCAAUUAGCAGGAACUCCAAAUAGAUGGGAGGUCUUGUCUGCAGCUCCUACCACUAUAAAGGAUGAAGCUGGUAAUAUAGUACAGAUUCCAGGUGCUGCCACAGUAACUUCAAGUGGGCAGUACGUGCUUCCUAUUCAGAGUUUGCAAAAUCAACAAAUCUUUUCUGUUGCGCCGGGAUCAGAUUCGUCGAAUGGUACAGUGUCUAACGUACAAUACCAAGUCAUACCCCAGAUCCAGACAGCGGAUGGUCAGCAGGUUCAACUUGGCUUUGCAGCCUCUUCUGAUAAUAGCAGCAUAAAUCAAGAAACUGGUCAAAUUCAGAUCAUUCCUGGCUCUAAUCAAACCAUCAUUGCCUCUGGGACACCUUCAACUAAUAUUCAGAAUAUCUUGUCGCAGUCUGGUCAAGUCCAGGUUCAGGGAGUUGCAAUCAGUGGUUCGUCUUUCCCUGGCCAAGCGCAAGUGGUUGCUAAUGUCCCACUUGGACUGCCAGGAAAUAUUACGUUCGUACCCAUCAAUAGUGUUGAUCUAGAUUCUUUGGGACUUGGCAGUGGUUCUCAAACCAUGACAGCAGGCAUUAAUGCUGAUGGGCAUUUGAUAAAUACCGGACAGGCCAUGGAUAGUUCAGAUACUUCUGAAAGGACUGGUGAGCAAGUUUCUCCAGAAAUUACAGAAACCGCCACUGAUAAUGACUUAUUUGUGCCAACUUCAUCUUCGUCACAAUUGCCCGUCACCAUAGACAGUUCAAGUAUAUUGGAACAAAAUGCAAACAACUUGACCACAACUAGUGGCCAAGUUCAUAGUUCUGAUCUUCAGGGAAAUUACAUCCAGACAUCAGUUUCUGAUGACACGCAGGCUCAAAAUAUUCAGGUCUCCACAGCACAGCCAAUUGUACAACAUAUACAGCUUCAAGAAUCUCAGCAGCCAACCAGUCAAGGCCAGAUUGUACAAGGUAUCGCGCAACAGACAAUCCACGGUGUGCAAGCAAGUCAAAGUAUAUCUCAGCAGGCUCUUCAAAAUCUUCAACUGCAGCUGAAUCCUGGGACUUUUUUAAUUCAGGCACAAACAGUGACCCCUUCUGGGCAGAUAACCUGGCAGACAUUUCAAGUUCAAGGAGUUCAGAACUUGCAGAACUUGCAAAUUCAGAAUGCACCUGGUCAACAAAUAACUCUAACUCCUGUGCAGACUCUCACGCUUGGUCAAGUUGCAGCAGGUGGGGCGUUGACAUCAACUCCAGUUAGUCUAAGCACUGCUCAGUUGCCAAAUCUACAGACAGUUACAGUAAACUCUAUAGAUUCUGCUGGUAUUCAGCUGCAUCAAGGAGAAAAUGCUGGCAGUCCUGCAGAUAUUAGGAUUAAAGAAGAGGAGCCUGAUCCAGAAGAGUGGCAGCUGAGUGGUGAUUCUACACUGAAUACCAAUGAUCUAACACAUUUGAGAGUACAAGUGGUAGAUGAGGAAGGGGACCAACCACAUCAAGAGGGAAAAAGACUGCGGCGCGUAGCGUGCACAUGUCCCAACUGCAAAGAAGGUGGUGGAAGACUCUGUGCAAACACAGAGAGGGAGUAUUUGGGUAGCAGUACUGUAGGCUCCAACUUGGGCAAAAAGAAACAACACAUUUGUCACAUACCAGGGUGUGGCAAAGUGUACGGGAAAACGUCACACUUGAGAGCUCACCUCCGCUGGCAUUCCGGAGAGCGUCCCUUUGUUUGUACUUGGAUGUUUUGUGGGAAGAGGUUCACUCGCAGCGACGAGCUCCAGCGGCACCGAAGGACACACACAGGUGAGAAGAAAUUUGUCUGUCCAGAAUGUUCAAAACGCUUUAUGAGAAGUGACCACCUUGCCAAACACAUUAAAACACAUCAGAAUAAAAAAGGUAUUCACUCUAGCAGUACAGUGCUGGCAUCAGUAGAAGCAACACCUGAUGAUACUUUGAUUACUGCAGGAGGAACAACACUUAUCCUUGCAAAUAUUCAGCAAGGUUCCGUUUCAGGAAUAGGAACUGUCAAUACAUCUGGCACCAGCAAUCAGGAUAUUCUUACCAACACUGAAAUACCUUUACAGCUUGUCACAGUUUCGGGAAACGAGACAAUGGAGUAAAUAUUACACAAGAUACCUAUUAAUUGUGGUUAUUUUUAUACAGUAGUGAGAAGAAUAUUGUUCCUAAGUUCUUAGAUAUCUUUUUAUUGAUGUGCAAAAAUUUUUGGAUUGACAGUAACUUGGUUAUACAUGACACUGAAAUGCCUUACUUUGUAUGAUAUUCCAUAGUAUAUUAAACUGGUAAAAUUGCAUGGGUUUUGUAGGUACUUUUGGAAUCUAGAAGAGAUGAAAUUUUACCAAGUUAUAUUAAAAAAAAAAAACAAAAACAAACAAAAAGGAAAAAAAAAAAGAAGAAGAAUUUAAUGAUGGAAAUGGUAGUCUAACCAAAUGCAUCAAUCCUGUGUGGUUUAGUGUAAAAAAAAAAUGAGAACAUGUUGGUAUUUAUCUAUUGUAAGAUAAAAGAAGUUGAUGGGUGAAAAGAAAUCAUGUUAUGAUAAAAGAAAUUUUGUAAUUUUCUUGAUGACUGGAAUUUUUAUUAUGCAUAACUGACAAAUCAAGUUUCCAAGCAAAUGUUACAUAGUGUAGGCUUUACUUAGCUCAUCAACUUGUCAUUUUGAAGCUAAUUAUUUUAAUUAGGUUAACUAUGUACAAUAUUUUAAGCAUUACUCUUGUAAGAUUUUGCAAACUACGUUUUAACAUGGAACUCUAGGGAUAGUCACCUUUUAAAUCCUAUCGAAAAGCCAUGUUUAAGAUUUAAUUUGCCAAAAGGAUGUCUUGUUAAUAUUCUUUCAAUAACCAAGGUGGGCAAUAUAACCAAUGUUUAAAAUGUUUAAAAUGUUUAAAAAGGAAAAAAAAAAAAAAGAUAAAAAAAAAAGAUAUGUAUAGGUUGAGGCAUUUGGGUGGUCAGGCAAAUGUUAUAGUGAAGUAUAUCCCUUCUUUUGAACAUUGGAGGACCAAAAAUAAGGUGUAUUGCGUCUCAGCAGUGAUGAUUUUUAUUAACUCUUUUGGUUUUUUUUUCUUUCCAAAAAAAGAAACCCAUCUGUCUGCCAGGGCCUUAAAAGCCAUCCUGUAAAUUACCAGUGAAAUAGAACAUAUGCAAAUACAACCCAAGAAUCACUUCCAUAUUGACAGUACUCCCAAACAUAUGGAUAUAGUCAUAGUGAACUAAGAGGGGGGUGGGAUGUGGGGGUUUAUGAUGUUUUUAUUUGUUUGUUGUUUAGUUUUUUGGUUAGUCAACCUGCAUUUAAAUAUCAACCAUCUUUCCUUUUGUUUAUUUGUUUGGUUUUUGGUUGUUUGUUUUUUUUUUUUGCUUCUUCCCUUAAAAAUUGUAUGUAUCCAGUACAUUUAACUGAUAAACAUAUAUGUUUUUUAUUAUGCUGAAGUUUCUUUUUAUUUUUUAAUGACUGUUUAUAUUUUCAAUUAUAGAGAAAAAAAGAAAACCUGUACAAAAAAUGAAGUUAUAUAGCCAGUCUGUAAGUGCUAUACACAUUUUUCCCCAAAAAUGUACAACAACAAUUCCUGCAGUUCACCUCCUUCCAAACAUUUGGAAAUCUGUUUCAUUUGUUACUCUUAAAACCACCUCAAAUUUAAAGGCUACCUUAUUGUACGUUUAAAGUGUAUUAUAACAGUGUGGUAGUUAAUAAAACACUAUUUUUUUUUCUUUUGAA